CAGCCUCUCCAUGUGGGAACUUCGCAGCCCAAAACUCACUUGCAGAUUGAGACGAGGAAGACAAUCUCUCUAGCCCUCGAAGAUGAGCAAUGAAAGCGACUGUAACACCGCCAACAGCAGCGACCCCAGCGGAUCGUCAUCGUCAAGAACCGCGGGCGGCGGCGGCGGCGGCGGCGGCCCUUGCGGGGCGUGCAAGUUCCUGCGGAGGAAGUGCGUGAAGGGGUGCGUGUUCGCGCCCUACUUCGACGCCGACCAGGGCCCCGCCCACUUCGCCGCGGUGCACCGGGUGUUCGGGGCCAGCAACGCCUCCAAGCUCCUCGCCCGGGUCCCCGCCAACCGCCGCCUCGACGCCGUUGUCACCCUCUGCUACGAGGCCCUCGCCCGGGCCCGCGACCCCGUCUACGGCUGCGUCGGCCACAUCUUCGCGCUCCAACAACAGGUGAUGAAUUUGCAAGCCGAGCUAGCCUACGUGCAAGCCCGUCUCGCCACACUGCAGCACUUCCCUCUGCAGCCGCAGCCUCCACGAAGCCCGCCACCGUGCGAUCUCCAGUCCUCCUCCACCACGGCACUGCUCUCAGAAAUGGUGCCCAACCCGAGUCUGCCGAACAUGUACUUCAACUCCUUCCAGCUUCACAGCAGUGUAUCGGCUGGCCUGCAGAAUUUUCGUAUGAAUCCGGCGGAAGAACGAGAGCUCGACGACGCCCAACUGCAUUCGCUGGCUAGGGUUUUCAUCUCUUCGUCCCGACACUUGCCUCCUCCGGGGGUGAGAUUUGACGGCUCGAGUCCGCGCAAGAAUUUAUAGGGAUGUUUAGCAUGGUGGAUUGGGGCAAUCUCAACAUUUCCUGUACCACCAGCUUUUGCCAGAUUGAAAAAUGCAAUCUGUGUGCCUAUCAUGACAAAUUUUCUAACCCUUGUGAUAAAAAGUUGCCUUCUGGUUGUGAA